CUGGGAUUCAACGGAUGCCUUAAAUCCACGAGCAGUUUGGCGGUCUUAUUAAAAAUUGCGUAUACGCCGCGUGCUACCAAGUAAUUGCUUGACCAAAGCCACCAGGUCGUCAAAGGAAUGGCUUAAAACGCUACCUACAUUUUUACGUAUAUAACUUUUCCGGGUAAUCGGCGGAAAUUGACGUAAAGUUUUGUGUCCGGUUGGCGCCAUUUGGCCAUUGGUGCUGGCCAACUUUUGGAUCUGUACGAUGACAAACUGAAAAGCAAACUUUGUAAAGAUUCAGCUCCGGACAAAAAUUCAAGUGUUUCUGCAAAGAAUACAAAUUUUUGAAUCGAAAAGGACACAGUUCUGUGGAAAAAUAGUUGCAAUGCAAUGCACAAUGGAAAAUCAGCAAAGUGUCCUCCAAGUUUACGAAAACAGAAAAUAACUCAAUAAUCAUCGCUGCAGGGUCACCCGGUGGACAGCUAAUUGCAGCUAACCCCGUUGGCAUUUAGCAAACGGAAAAUGCUUCGUGACCGCGGCAACCAGACUGCACCACCAGCAUCACCAGCAUCACCACGGGAAUCCACACCGCUGAAACCGAGUCUGCAACUGCAACUGGAACUGAAGGCAUCCCAGUGGCGGCCACACACGGAAUCCUUGCCAAAUGCGGCAGUCGAGGCGCUGGCAAGUAAAUAAGCGUAAUCCUUUGCGGGCACGUACCACCUCUACCGCCUGUUUGGAGUAGCUCGUAAAUAUUUGGCUGAGUCGUCGCAUCCAAGCCAGUCAGUCAUGGAGGCCAUCAUCAUGACGACCCUGCCCACCCUGACAACGGAUGCUGGUGACAGCAGCUUCUGGCUAACCGGUGCCCUCUCGCUCUCCGAGAUGUUGGCCAACUCCAGCCACGGCCAUUCCACUGGGAGCACAUCCUCGACGGCUGGGAGCUCGGCCACGGAAUCCGCCACGGUGAAUGUGGGCAAGGACCACGACGUGGCCAAGCACGUCAAUGACAGCGUUUCCACGGGCCUGAGCAAUUACAGUAAUUACCCCAGCUACAUUCACUACAGGGACAAGUACGACCUGAGCUACAUUGCCAAAGUGAAUCCCUUUUGGCUGCAAUUUGAGCCACCUAAGUCGAGCACCUUCCUGGUGAUGGCCGCCCUGUAUUGCCUGAUUUCGGUGGUGGGAUGUGUGGGCAAUGCGUUCGUCAUCUUCAUGUUCGCCAACCGCAAAUCUCUGCGCACUCCUGCCAAUAUCCUGGUGAUGAAUCUGGCCAUCUGCGACUUUCUGAUGCUCAUCAAAUGUCCGAUUGCCAUAUACAACAACAUCAAAGAGGGUCCGGCUCUGGGUGACAUUGCCUGCCGUCUCUAUGGAUUUGUGGGUGGUCUAAGUGGCACCUGUGCCAUCGGUACCCUAACCGCCAUCGCCCUGGAUCGGUACAAUGUGGUGGUGCAUCCCCUGCAGCCGCUGAGACGCUGUUCUCGCCUGCGAUCCUACGUGAUCAUCCUGCUGAUCUGGUGCUACAGCUUCCUGUUCGCCGUGAUGCCGGCCCUGGACAUCGGACUAUCUGUGUAUGUGCCAGAGGGAUUCCUCACCACCUGCAGCUUCGACUACCUGAACAAGGAGACGCCUGCCCGGAUUUUCAUGGCACUGUUCUUUGUGGCAGCCUACUGCAUCCCACUGACCACCAUUGUGUACUCCUACUUCUACAUACUGAAGGUGGUCUUCACGGCGAGUCGCAUUCAGUCGAACAAGGACAAGGCCAAGACGGAACAGAAGUUGGCCUUCAUUGUGGCAGCCAUUAUCGGUUUGUGGUUUCUGGCCUGGUCACCGUACGCCAUCGUUGCCAUGAUGGGUGUCUUCGGCCUGGAGCGGCACAUAACGCCCCUGGGAUCGAUGAUUCCCGCGCUCUUCUGCAAGACAGCUGCCUGCGUGGAUCCCUACUUGUAUGCGGCCACCCAUCCGCGGUUUCGAGUCGAGGUGAGAAUGCUCUUCUACGGACGCGGAGUGCUGCGCAGGGUCUCCACCACCAGGUCAUCGUACAUGACCCGAUCCCGAUCGUCGUUCACCCACCGAUUGAGGACCAGCACCACUGGUGACGGUGGCAUGGCAAUGGGGGAUCACCGCAUGGAGAACUACCUGAUGAACAACAACCUGAUGAUGGUGCCCGAGGAGACGGAGGAGAACGAGGAGAUCGUCGUGGUGGCCGAGAUCAACAAUUCGGUUAGCAGCGUCAUGGAGCAGAGUAAGUUCUGAAGGAUGUGAUCUGCCAGUUAAGAAAAUAGAAGUCAUAUGUAUUCCUGUCAAUCCGUUUUAAGCAUAGUAACACAACCAUUUUUAAUUAGUUUUAAGUUUAGUACAAACGUGUUUUAUAUGAUUUCAAAAUGAGUCAAACUUGUGACCACGAUAGGUAGAUAAUUUAAAACUAUGCCGCACUGAAGAAGAAAAGCUAUUCUUUCAAUUGAAAAUUUCAACUCGGUUUUCCCAAAGUCAUUUAGAAUAACCAUUCCUAUCUCAAUAAGUAAAUACUCACUGUUAAUUGAAAACGUUUGUGCACUGCAAGGCAUAUCCACAUGGAUCAUAAUCAUAAAUUGAAUGGAUCGACUCAAGUUCCAUUGUUGGACCUAUCUAAUUUGUAUGUAGAAAUAAUAGACCGAACUGAAAUCAGCAAAAGCGGCUAAAUAAUUUCGCUCAGCGAUGAUAUGCCAAUGGCAUUGUUCGUCGGACUGAAUGCCAUGUCAUUGAUGGACCUACAAUUGACAUGAAAAUAAUAAUAAUAACAAAUAGAAGUGAAGCAGGGAAAUCCGCGGAGCAGUGGGAAAUUGGCAAGGCACAACGACGACAGUGGUGAUAGUAAACAUAUUUAAUGAGCUUAUGUGAUGUUCAGGCGAGGGGAGUGGAUUACUUAGCGACAUAUACACACAUAAAUGUAUAAGACAUCCGAAUAGAGGGCCUAUUAUGGAGGCAAGGCCGAAAUUAGUACAAAGAGGGUGGCGUGGGUAGGGCGAAACUGGAAAUUCAAUAGGCAGAUUAUACAUAAUUUCAGGGAAAGUCACUCGGACCUAAGGUCAAGUCGCGGUGGUAUUGGAUGUUAACAGGCGGAUGUGCAGAUUGUUUGCAUUGUAGUUUAAUAUUGGAAUAACUCACAAUCAAAGCAGCCUGCGGACUUGUUCUAUUUCUGAAAUUGGUUUGUAUUGUGAUGGCCCUUCAAAGUUAUUGACAACUUAAACUAAUUGCGUUAAUGUCUCGAUGUCUAAUCCGAUGGUUUUCUCAGUAUCUUAUAGGUAUUAAAUCGAUUGUAUACAAUGUCUACUCUAAAACCUAACUAAGCAAACGACUUUGAUAAAGUCAUCGAGUACUUGUACCUGUAAGAAAAGUAAGAACAAAAAACACGACACGAAAGUGCGAUGCAUUGCGAGUAAGCCAAAUAUAUAACGAAUUUAUACUCUUGAUACUUACUUAGCUGUAUCAUUUUAUAUAUGUAUGUACAUGUAUAUCGGGGAUAUCUGGCCACAAUGGGCCGUAGAACAAUGGUAGCCCCAGAUGAAUAAGUCUCGGCCAGCAUUUUAAUUACUAGAACACAAAUUUAAGCCAUUGUUGGGACAAACUUGUAUAUUUCCUUCACUACGUGAACGAACAAUGGACCCUGCUAUUUGUAAUUGUGCUCAAAAUGAAAUUGCAGAAAAAUACUGAGACGACUCGUGGCGGGGAUAAACAAAGAGAAAGCGGGGGAAAACCAUUUAAUUAGCAUAUUUAAAAUGCACUUUGACAUCAGUUUUGUGUGUGCAUUGUGUGUGUGUGUUUCACUUAAGCAGCUUGUAUUCACAUUAGUUUAACUCAGUAAUUGUUUGACAUGAAGUACCUAUUGUUUUUGUUAUGGCGGUAAAUGUUAAACACCAAGCAACUCGAAAUAAAUGUGCAAAAACUU